UUGCACGGGGCGCGAGUGUGGGGUCUUGAGAACGACUUCACGACGAUCCUUUCGUCAAAGAGUUGUAUAUGUACAGCUGGCCCUGCUCUCUAGCUUGCCUCGCCCGAGUUAACGUUCUUCACGCUCACGACUAUCUGCUCUCUUAUUGCUCUCGAUAUUCGCAUCUCGUCCCGUGCUUUCCAAGUUUACGUCGACAUCACGCUUUCGUCUCUGCCCGUCAUGUUCAAAUCGCUGUCGAGUUCUAUACCCCGCACGCCCAUGAUUUCCAGUAUCGAACUCCCAGAUAGCACUUCGCCUCUCAUGAUGAGGCCGGCAUCUAGACUCUCCAGCCGUUUUACGACGGCUUUUACGACUUCGUCUCGAUCCAUGACCCCCGCGCCGAACGAGAGGUCUCGAAAGGAUUCGACCACGUUGUCGUCUUCUUCACGGAUGCGCAAAACGUCGAUCACGGGCGGGCUGAAGUUGAUUUUGAAGCCUAGGAAGCCCUCGCCGGAGCCAGUCCCGCAGCGACAGAUCGCAAUGCCCCGUCCUCGGAAGGCCUCAAGAACGAGUCCAGUGGAUGAUAUUGAAGCCGCAGUAGGUGCUAGGCCACCAGUUUUAGCUUAUACUCAAUCCAAUUCGUCACAUCAAGGUCCAUCGGGAUGGCCCGCAACCAAUGACGAUAACAAUGUAAACCACCCACCUCCUACAUUAAAUAAAUAUGUUUUUCCAUCCAAACCGACAGAUGCGCUUGAAGCGCCAUCGGGUUCCUAUCGAAAGUCACGACAUAACGAGGCGCCACCGAGACCGCAGACGUCAAUGGGCUCCCGACAUCCAAAGAAAGCUGACAAGGCUCGUUCUGGAAAUCUAACGGACAUUGAAGCUCCCCUCAAGAUACCGCCGGUGCAGCUGAGGACCGAGACCCGUGCGUCCUACAGAGCUAACCUCGUAGAAAUACCCUUCCACUGAAUAUCGAGUAGUACCAGUAAAACGAGGGCAGGUCACGUUGCAAUGGCCUCUAGUCAGGUUUAGCCUCUCCGAUAAGAUGUCCAAAUUCUGGGUGGUUAUGUUCAAUAUUAUAUUCGAUCCCGUCCGAAACCGGCCUCAGCUUAAACGUUUCAACGGAGACUACUAUGUGGAAAUGAAGGAUGAAGAACGUACACUAACUGCGUCGUCUCAUAGCACGUUGCGCAAGAUGAACAUUCGAGUCAAGGUGGACCAUCCUUUC